AGAGGUAGACCACAAACAGGUAAUCAUGCUUACUUUCAGGGUUACCUACUGAAGCAUAUGGGAGAAUCAGAUAUUGGUUAUUCAUGGAACAUGUAGGGGGCAAGAAAGAUGGAUGAGGAAGAGGUUCAUAUCGCAGUUGGGAAGAACUCGACAAAGGAGGAGUCUAACAUACAAUGGGCUGCUGCAAAUUUUCCAAGGGCAGCUAUAGUUCUUGUACAUGUUCACUGGCCCUCUAAGUGGAUGCCGUUCAUGGGCAGCGGAAUGUCAUACAAGUUUGCCGACGAAAAGGAGAAGGAGAUGCAUAGAGGCGCAGAAACGACAGCAAUGAUCAAGAUGUUAUCUAAGUACAAGCGUCUAUGUGGUACAAGAAAGGUCAUGUUAAUUUAUCCUUAUAUUUUUAUACUUUAGUUUGUAUCCAUAUAUAUAAGUCAAAGAUUAUUGCGUGUCUUCGGAAUUUAAUUAUUUGGGAAACCACUGAGCAUUAUAGUAGUCUUUUUGGACAUCCAAUUAGUAUAUGAAACAGUCAAGUUUUGAAGUAGUACCUUUCCCCAACAUGUGCUUAGCCGUGGAACCCUCAGCAGUCCGGUAGACAAAUUCAUAUUAUUACCAACCCUAGCUUUUCCUGAAAAGAUUUAGAGGGAGUACUCAUAUGACUGGCAAGCACCAAAUUAAGUUCGUGUACAAGUAGAUAGUCUCUCUGUCGGUGCUUUACCGGCAAACACCUAAGGUGGUUGAUUGUGGGCAGGGAUGAGUCGCCGAGACCAGGAACACGGUGGUGAAAACAACACAAGAUUUACAAAGAUUCAGGCAGCGUAUUGCGUAAUACCAUAUGUCCUGUUCGGUGGUUUGUAUUGCCUGAAGGUUGUAGAUGCUAGGUUAUCCUUUGGAAGGGUCCCUGCCCUCCCUUUUAUGGCCUCGGGGGACUAGGUUACAUGAAACCAUAUCGGUAGUAGCCUAAGAGUCCUUCCGAGUACUACUUGACUGGUUUUCUCAUAUACCGACUAGUUCUACUUAUACACGAAUACAUUAUAUAACGUCAGGGUGUGGGACAUAUGACCCUUCCCUUAUUCCGUACAGACUCAUACCUCGUCAAGUAUCCCGUGGCCCCAGGUCUGACACUCUCCAUGAUAGAAUAUGUGUAAAUUUAAAAUUUUAUAUUGCAGUAGGAUCCUGAAAGUUAAGUAUAACGAUGUAGUAAUUUUUUCCCUAAACACAUGUCUCUGCAGGUUAGUGCAUAUUACCUUACACACCAUGACAUUGUUGUUGGUGUUGUGAGCCUCGUAAAGAAGCUCAAAAUUAAGAGAAUUGUCAUCGGUUCAAGGAGUAUGUCAACGCAAGAGAUGCUUAGGCGAUGCUGCCAGGUUUGGGUGGUGCUCAAUGGAAAACACAUCUCCACUAGAAAUGAUCAUGUGGAGCAUAGCCCAAAUUUUGGAUACGGAUCAAAGAGCUCAGUUAUUUUCGCAUCUAUAGACGAGUGGGAUCAAAAGUGCAGAGAUGAUGAAACAUUAACUGAAAAAAUAACCGAGCAAUCAAGCUCUUACAAGAUGGGUACCUUUUAUGAAGAGGGUGAAGAAGCUGCAAAAAUCUGGGAGGAAAUAGAUAAACUUCAAAAGAAACUGAAGGAGCUGCAAGGAGAGAGCCAUAAUCAUGAUGAAGACAGCUUGUUACCAAAGCAAAUUGCCACUUCACCGAAGAAGUCUUUAACAAAACCAAGAUACCAAGAGCUGGAAAUUCCAGAGCACAUUUGCCAGUUCUCGAUGUCACAGAUUAGGAAAGCGACCCGUAACUUCCACUCAGAAAAUCUCAUAGGAGAAGGAGGAUAUGGGCCAGUGUAUAGAGGAGACCUCGGGGGAAUGCAUGUGGCUAUCAAGUUGUUGAGGCCUCAUGGCAGACAAGGUUACCCAGAGUAUCGGCAUGAGGUGGUGGUGCUGAGCAGAUUGGAGCAUCCACACAUUGUGAGGCUGAUCGGCAUUUGCCAGGAGUCAUGCAGCCUCGUGUACGAACACCUCCCUAACGGCACACUCCUGGACAGGCUCUCCAAGGGGCUCCUGUGGGAGGACCGCAUUCGGAUCCUCGCUGAGCAGCGGAACUCGCUGAAGUACCUCCACUCUCGCCGACCCAACGCCAUUAUCCACGGUGACCUGAAGCUAACCAACAUCCUCCUUGACGGCGAUGGCAUAAGCCGACUAGGAGACUUCGGGACAGCGCGGAUGGUGCACGUGAAGCCGCUGGAAGAAGAGACCAUCAUCCGGCGCACGAACCCGAUGGGCACAAUAGGGUACAUAGACCCUGUCUUCUUCACGACCGGCGAGCUCACCACGGAGUCGGACGUGUACUCAUUUGGCGUGGUGAUCAUGCAGCUGCUUACGGGGUUGGACAGCCUCAACAUCGCCGAGAAGGUGAGAGGGGCUGUUAAGAUGCACAGUGAUGUGCUGGACAAGUCCGCAGGGACUUGGCCGGAGGUGGAAACCGAGCGGCUGCUCAAGCUGGCACUGAGAUGCUGCAGCAUGGAGAGGAAGCAGCGACCGGUCAUCACAUCUGAUGCCAAAUGGAAACCGCUGGAUAUCCUAAAGGCCAAGAUAGCACCAGAUAUUAAAACUCGGAAAUGGAAUUGCUUUGCAAGUUGAAUUGUUGUAUAUAUAAUGUCGUUUACUGUAUGUGUCAUACUAGCAUGCAUCACAAAACGAACCCACUACUAAUAUUUAUUGAUGAACAGUGGAACUAGCUGCUAGUAGCU